CCGCUGAGGGCGCACUACCCGUCACAACGCCGAGCGCACAGCCGCGCUCUCAAUAGACUACUGCCGGAAAUACUUUUCAACAAAAGCGGGAUAAACUUUAACACAAAGUCACUGUUCCUUUUAAACAUUUCUGGAACAUCGGCGGAAUUAACACUGGAGUACUUUUAUGUUUCUGGGCCACGCCAUUUCGGCUGUUUGUGGACUUAAGGCAGGACCGGAAGUGAACAGGUGGCAUACACCUGUUCAGGCUCGAGGCUGCAACCAUAAGUAUGAUUUGAAACGGGAACAUAUGAACAUUUACUUUGUUCGACACAAUGUGGAGUACUCGACUUUAGCAUGUGCUCGGGAAACUCAGCUCAAUAAUCUGUGCGCGUUGCCUUCACCAAGUAACCUGGAAAGUGUUCUCAUCUUCAAAGUGCGAUGGGGAAUCAGGUGGAAAAACUGACCCAUUUAAGUUACGACGAAGUUCCGACAGUCGACCCGAACGGUUACGAGGACGACGACGGGCCGCGGAUCGGAGUCUCGUAUAUUUUCUCCAACGACGACGACGAGGAAGAGGAGCAGACCGCCGAGAAAGGCGGCGAAGAGUACGAGAGCCUGCGCGAAAUAGAGUGCGCGGUGUAUUACCGUGAUGAGUGUGUGUACGAGAGGAAGAACACAGAUAUGGGAUCACUGCAGGGGUGUGAGAACUUGCUGAACAGAUGCAAACCCGGCGACGUGGUGGAGUUUGUGGCAGCUGGUCAGUAUCCACACUGGGCGGUUUACACGGGAGACUUUCAGGUGGUCCACUUGCACAGGAGUGAGAUUAAAUCGGACCACCUGUCCGACGCUGCUCAGGGCAAACGGGGCCGAAUCGUGAACGACUUGUACAAAUUCCGUGCCUUGAAUCCAGAUGUAGUCGUGAAGAACGCGCUCGAUCAAGUAGGUGUGAAAGACAGCAGCGUGUGUUGGAGGAACUCGGAGUGUUUCGCUGCUUGGUGCAGGUUUGGUAGACGUGAAUUUAAAACGGGUGGAGAGCUGCGCAUCGGCAAGCAGCCUUACAGGAUGAAAUUACAGCUGUCUGAAAAGAGGAGCCACGACCUGGAGUUUCAGAGUCUGGAGGAUUUGAUCAUGGAAAAGCGCAGGAAUGAUCAGAUCGGCAGAGACGCCGUGAUCCAAGAACUGGCGAAUCACCUGAACUCUAGUGAAGAGGUCAACAGCGAUUGCAGUUGUGACUGAUUAGUAAAAUACCUUUUAUAUGGACGAAUUUACAUAGAUGACCAAGCUUUAAACCACCUGUGAGCAGUUCAUCCUAAAAUUAUAGCCAUGGCUCAUGAUUGCAAUAUCUUUUAGGAUCUUUAUUCAUUGUUAACGAGCUAUUAAGGUCAGGGCAGUGGAUUUUGCAUAGGUUGGAGCAAUAUGGGCAAUGUUUUUGUAAAUCAGAUACUUCAUUUCUAAUGAUAAUGAUGCUUUAAUCACUCGGAAAGCCAGCGAUGUUCUCUUCCCUGCCCUGCAGUGAUACACCAAAGUUAACAAUUCCUGUAAAGUCCUGAUUUAUCAUCUUAGUUUUAUGUGUUGGUCUUAUCUGUGUGAGCACAGCCACAGCGUGGCACAUUUCAGUGGAUCAGUAAAACAUUUGUUUACGUUCACUACAUUACUACAUUAAUCAUAGUAGUGUUCCUCAAGAUCAGUGAUCAUAAGUACCAUACGUGAUUACAUGGUAAACCUUCUUUAUAUAAAUACACUAUAAAUUGUGUUACAAUAACUGCACUGUAUUUUUUUUUUCUUUUCAUGAUUAGUUUGUUGUUAAACCAAAUCAGCUGAAAAGACACUACAUGUACACUCCCUGCAAGUGUUGCGAUCUAAAAUGACCCAUGUAAAUUUUUUUUACUAUGAAAAUAAAUAAUAUUUUGAAUAAUA